GGUCAAUCCGCCGUUAUUAAACGCCACAGACUGUGCUCAGACUCUCUGUGUUAAACGAGUUCGUCUUCUUCGAGCUUCUGUUAGGCGGUCGACAAUACCAAAGCCGCUUAUAGAGCCACAAAAUCCUCCUGGAACGUCCUCACUUUAGCCAAUGUCGAUAAAUUCAAACAUGCGAGCGAGCGUGCUUGACAGGGGGCAGGCACAGUAGUUCACAUGUUCGCUUCUGUACGGGUUGAGGAUUGCACACCUGAAAUUGGAAGUUGAUCGAAUCUACAUAGACUUCCUUAGGUAUGAAGUACCUCCUGGUCGCUGUCUCCACUUAACAAACGGUCGUAUCGUUCUCUUACUUGAAACCCAACCUCUCAACACUUACUUCGUCGCAAUGGCGGAACGCUUCCUGAUGUCGAGGCAAGCAGGAGGGCCGCCCACGAUGCCACUGCGGUCGCCUGAGUAUAUGGCGGAAAACCUGGCACCGCAGUUACUGGCGGUGACAACAUCGCUCUUUGCACUCGCAAUGGCCACGGUACUUGCGCGGUUGUACGUUCGCAUCUUCACGAUGAAGAUCUUUGGAUGGGAUGACGUGAUGAUGACCAUUUCAGCGUGUCUCAGUAUAUCAUGCCUAGGACUAUUCAUCAAAGUCACCGAUCUCGGACUUGGUCGGCAUGCGGAAGCAUUUCCUCUGCAGAACCUAUUUCCAUUCUUCAAGUUCAUGUACUUCUACUCGAUCCUGAUCAUCUUCGCAUACAGCUUCAUCAAGUUGUCGAUCGGCUUCUUCCUGCUACGUUUGGCAGACCGGACAAAAUGGAGGCCCUUCCUCAUUGGCAUGCUGGUCUUUAUUGGCUGCUUCACAGUUGGCUCAACAUUCGCCAUCAUCUUCCAGUGUACACCAAUAGCAGCAGGAUGGGACUACACUCUACGUCCUCCAACCGGCGACGGUAAGUGUUACGACGCAACCAUCUUCAAGAACGUCGGCGUCUUCAACUCCUCCAUCAACAUCGCCACCGACCUCAUCUUCGCCCUGAUCCCAAUCCCCAUGGUCUGGAAAUUGCAAGUGAACCUGCAAACCCGCAUCGGCCUGGCUGUAAUCCUCAGCCUGGGCCUCUUCGCCUCCGCAAUCGCAAUCUACAAAACGCCCAUGCAAGCCAACUUCCUCAAGGAGAGUGAUUGGAGUGGCCACGGAUCCUGGUACUAUAUCUGGCAGCAAGUCGAAAUGAACGUAGGCAUCAUAGCCUCCAACCUCCCCACCCUCAAACCCCUCUUCGCGAACUUCUUCGGCCACAUGCGCACCUUUACCAAAGGUCGCUCUACCGGUUCGCGCUCCGGCCCAGGUCUUUCUGGGCCCUUCAAGUCGAACGGGUACCACCGACAGGAUGACCGCCAUACUGGGACUGGAGGCCAAGACAACUACGCCAUGCACGACGUCAGCACGAACGCCGAGUCGAAGAAGAAGGAUAGCUAUGACGAGAUUCUUGUGCUGGGCAAGGAGAACUAUGACGUUGAUGUAGGGAGGAGGCACAGUGCGGCGGGGGCAAGUGAUGAGAGUAUUCUUGCGCAUGAGGCGCCGUUGAGUCCGAGGUCGCAUGGACUGGGGAGGAAUCUCACGAUUCUGAAGACGACGGAAGUACGAGUGAGCAAGAGUUAUGAGCAGUCAUAAGUAGAUGACUGCUUUUGAGUCGAAUGGCGAGAAAAUCGUGCUUGUUUGCUUCUAGUCUGUGGUAUGUAUGUCUACCGGGAAUCUUU